AUGGAGUCCUCAGAUCAAAGCCCAGACCCUGCCCCGGUUUCUAUAGUCGUUUCUGAUGAAACAGCAAAGCGAGCUAAGAUAGACCUCAUUGAGACUCGUCUUGGAGGCAUUGAGACUGUUCUACGUGGUCUCUCCUCUGGUCAUGGUCACCUUACGCCAAGCAGCGUCCCCUAUUUGCCCCACACGCCUCAGCAUGUCUCAAGUUAUGGUGCUGGUAUAGGCACCGCAGAAUCUGGCAGCUCAGAUGAUGACAAUGCCGUUGAACGCACUUCGCUACACGACGUCAACCCCAAGAUAGGGGAAGCCCUUGAAAGCCUCCGGCGCUUGGCUCAGCUUCAGUCGCUCGAGUCAAUCAGCCAAGGCCCCCGGUUUCCUCAUCAGCAACGGCUGCCGCCCGGGGGCCUCAGCCAGUUACAAAUGCCUCCCCUGGAUACUGUGGUAUCUCUUCUCAGGCAUGUAAAAGCCUCCCCUCCUGGUAUUUUCGCCUUCAUAUGCCACUUUGCAGGUAUUAAUGACUUUGAUGCCUUGUGUCGGAUUGUCUACUUCCCCUCCGAUCACUUCCCGGAUUCUACCUUUGUUAUUGUGAACGCCGGGCUCUACUAUUUGUUCCUCGAGCAGCAUGCCGCAGCCUCUGACAAGGCCACAAAGGACGAAUUCGAACCUUUUAUUCAUUUUUGCCGCGUUAACCUGGAGACCGCCCUCGCGAACAUGUCUCUUUUCAUGUCAGCCAAGCUUGAAACGAUCCAGGCUCUCUUUAUAGGGUCGGUGUACGCUGUUGAUGUUUCUCGCCCCUCGGUUGCUUGGCAUCUCAAUAGCACAGCGGCACAGAUUUGUCAAAUGGCAGGCUUCCAUAGGACUGAACACCACCUCCGCCAUCCAGAGAGUUCCAGUGUUAAGGCGAGUUUGUUUUGGCAUAUCUAUUCCCUCGACAAGUCACUAGGGCUCCGGCUUGGUCGAGCUCCCGUGAUCCAGGAUUGGGAUAUCAGCAUCCUUCCUAAGUUUAGUCCCAGGGGCUUGAAUGGGCUCGAGACGGCAGGCGUGGAGAUGGUAUGGGUUAAGAUCUCGCAUCUCCAGGGGCGCGUUUACAAAAAACUAUAUAGUCCAUCGGCCUCGCAACAAUCACCCGCCGAACGCAUUCAGAGUGCUCAGCUCCUAGCAGAAGAAUGCCGUCAGCUAGUAGCUGAAGCUACAGAGUUGCGAGACACAGUCGUAGCUUCCCUGGAGAAGAUCGGCGCAUCGCCUUUAGUGCACAUUCACCUCAAAAGCGAUGAGGUUCAACUCAUGUCAAUCAUGACACUUAUAUAUCGAACAGUUCCCGCUCCUGAAGGCUUGGGAAGCAGAUUCUGCGACGAAUGCCUGAUAACUGCCCGACAAGCCGUGCUCAAGCAUUUAUCUUGUUUGGAGUUUAUCCAAGAGGAUGCCUACUGUAAGGCGAUGUAUUUUCACUGGAGUCUGGUGCUGACGCCGUUUGCCCCCUUUUUUGUCCUAUUCUGCCAUAUUAUUGAGUCACUAUCAGGGGACGAUCUGAAGAUUCUGCGUGACUUCAGCGCUUCGAUUGAACUCGCGUCAGACUCCUCUGAGGCAAUGGAACGGCUUUGGCGGUUAUGUCAGUUAAUGACCAAUACUGCAUCCUUGUAUUUGGAGGCCAAGUCGCAGCAACGGGAUCAGAACUUGGGUUGGGUAGAGGAUGAACUAGACCUCUAUCUAAUCCAGCUCGGUUUCAAACAGGAGGAGCAUUCGACGGUGCCUGUCUCAACUGAGGGAGGGAUACUCUUCCCUGAAAGCUCCCAGGUUGCCCAAAUGGUGGACAGGGUAUCUGCAGGUUGGAACCUGCUCGAGCUUCUGGACCAUGAUGUGCCUCAGAUUUCGGGAAACGGAUGGAUACGGGAGAGGCCCGAUGUAGCGUAA